AUGACUAUCCUGGACAAGAGCAUUUACAGCCAGCCAGCCAGAAGUCUUGACCUCGAAAAAUCUCAACUCACAGCAUUUGACUUUCCGCGGGACGACAUUGCAGCUCACAAAGUCUCGCAACAGAGACAUUGCGCCUGUAUACCAUAUCCAUCUAGGUACAUAGCUAGCAUCGCCACAACUAAAGGGCACUGCUGUUCCAACUGUCCGUGCACUUACCAACGGGCCGUGGCGGCUAUUUGGGGGGGGGGGGGGGGUGUUACUCGGGGUCCGGAGCCGGAGGCCCGGAGCACAGCACCAGUUAAACGGAUUAAACGAAAGCAGCGUUGGCUUAACGGCCCUGGAUUAUAUGAAAAUGGAUAUCACUCGUAUAUAGUGCCCCCUUCCUACAUAAGCAAAGUCUGGAAUGCCGCCGGAUUUAUCAGGCCUUCAUAA